CGUAAACACGAAAACAGAUAAUGUAUACACAGAUAGCUAACCUUGAGGUAGCCAGUAAUAGAAUGUCAGGUGUGUAUCGCGAUGAUUCCCUUCGCACAACGUGCCAAAGUGUAACGAGCGUGCCUUGAAGCCCGAUUAAUUCGCACGACCUUAAAGCAAAAUGCAAUAAACUUUUGUUAGUUACGUGGUGAUCAUGUAUCGUGCACAGUAGUAACAUUGCGAUACAGAUAGCCCCCGUAAUGGGAAGACGCAAGUUUCACAAACGCUCGCGGCAGAAAGCCAAGUUCCACGAGGUCCAGCAAUCCUUUCGGCAGCAUGCGCGUUCCUCGAAGCGACGCCGAUACGAUUCGAAGGCCACGUCCAAUCUGCAGCAGAACUCGCCGGAGUUGAUGCUGUCCGAGUCGCAGCAUGAGGAUCUGUUGUACGACAGCAAGCUCAGUCCUGAGAUCGUGUCCAAGUCACCCAAAAUCAAAUUGCAGGUAGAAACCUGCGGGGACGGUGCGGAAAUCGGAGAUGACAUCAGUGUACGAAGGACAGAACAGUCGCAAAGGAAAUCGUGCGAUUUUAAACGCAAUGCUGAAUCCACUAAUAGUCUUCUUCGCUUGGAGGGCUAUUCUAAGCAUGACAUUACUAAAUUAAUCACCGGCGAUGCGUUAGACUUGACAGACGCUUCAUCAUCCAGUUCAUUAUCCCUGAACAAUGGCGAGAACAAAACGGCCGACGUAAUAAACGAUGAGCGACCCGCAGUAAGUACCCUUGACACGAAAUUCCGUUUAUCAGAUACAUCGCAAUUGGCGAUGUUUCGUUCUAAUCUUGAAUCGCUGCGCGAUGAUGCGUUCUACUAUGAGACUCCGAGACCUACGAAUCCCGGCGAAGAGCCGGAAAUGAAUGGACAACAAUUUCCCGAGGAAAAAUCAGUUCAGCAGAAAGAUCGGCGCGAGUCAGAGACGAUGGACGAUUGUCGUUUAAUAGACAAGACGCUUUCGAUGAAUGACGAUCUCACAAUCAGUGAGAUGAACAAUUAUUUAGACGAACGGAUGUCGAGCAUCACCAAACAUUCUAGCUUCGAAACGGUCCCUCCAAUCGCGAUCUUGCAGAGCCAGCAUCUCUCAGAAUCCGCAACGUCGUGCAAGUCUGAUAAGUGCAGGUCCGAAUCCACCGGCGAUGUGCGGUUGUCACUUGAUGAGUUUCAACCCCCUGGAUCAGUCGAUGAACGUAACAAAUUGUGGGAUAAUCCCAAGAGGAGCAGGAACAUCCUGAACGGUAGUAACAAGAGAUUCGACGUCGUGCUCGAGACGAUCGGCAAACACUUGACUGUGAACUGGCGCGAGCUGCGGAAGAUCUUCGCACGGUUGAACAAGAGGAUUCACGAAGACGAAGACGACGUGGAGCGAGACUGUGCGCCCUUGCUGUCCAAGUACAGAUGGUUCGCCGACGACCGAAGGAUCCCUUACGUCUCCAUUUCGAUGUCGUCACCGAAGAACGCAAACAGAAGCUCAGCGAGUUGCAAUAAUGACGAAGACGAGGAAGCGGGAAGGCAGAGGCGGUCGACAACACGUGUGGAGGUACCACCAGCACUUUCAGAAGAGAGGAGGAAGAGGAAGCAACUCUCGUUUCCGCCAACUCAGCCGUCGUGCGAUAAGACAUGUCGGGACAGCCGUAGCUCAGAGUCAACGUCCACCUCUGACCUCGAUCAGCCCGCGCUGACCGAUUACGACUCCCUGCAGGAAAUAGAAUGUCAGGCUGGCACUUGUAAGCGCCAAGUGUUACAAACCACCGCAACAUCACAGGAUUCUCAAAAUCACGCAGAAUCUCGACAAAGAAGCAUCCCUCGCAUGAUAAUUUCAUGGGUGAUCGCUUUUUACGGUUGGUUGAAAAAGAAGCUGCUGCAUUUAAGCGACAAUUACAAGAAGUUGCGACAGAGGUUCAUCUCAUCUCCAUUGAUUUCUGAAAUAAAGACUGAUCGUCUAGUAGCGACGUUGCGCAUCGAAAAUAAAAAGAUGAUGUGCGAACUGUCGGAAAGAAUGACACGACUGUCAACAGAUUUUAACAAAGUACGGACAAACACCGAAACCACUCUCAAUGUUCUGACGACCGAAGUAAACGCCGUUCGCGAAGCCAGCAAGAAGAUGAACGAGAACAACACGAUGCUGAUGCUGGAGCUGAAAAAAUUACGCGGGACGCUGGAAGAAAUUGAAUCAAAAUCCUCGCAGCCUGCUUUCUUAAGAUCUUCGUAUCUUCCACCGUCUUCUCACUCACUUCCACCGCCGCCAGCCCCUUCGAGAUUUCCACCAUCGCAACCGCCUCCGAUAGCAUCUGAUAGUACCUUCAAAUCAGCAACAUCUACAUCGGUGAUACCACCGCCGCCACCUCCGCCACCGCCUUCAGUCUUCCUGCAAUCUCCAGGCCCGUCAACAAUACAACCGACGACUCCCAACAGUAGUCGAAGCAGCAAGUGCAGGACACCCACGAGGAAAUGUUCCACGCCGUUACUGAGCAGGCCCAGCAUCACCGUGGAGGAUCUGCUGAAGGUCACUCUGAAGAAAGCGCCGCAAAGUAUCAAAGAUAACAGACGAAACUCCAUGCCAGGUCCGAGGGGUCCGGUCGUGUCUUUGGAGAUGCUGCGCAACGUGAAGCUGAAGUCUACGAAACGCAGACUCAAUGACCAAACUGGAAGGUCGCCCAGAAGCGGUAGAAUUGUUAAAAACCGUGCUACGUCGAAUAUCAGUCUCUCGCCGAUUCUGACCGGAUCGGAGGGUAAUCUGGAGCGAAUCCUACGGCGAGUGGACUCGAACAGACCGAGGAGGCUUCUGUCCGCCUCGAGCAGCUUGCACGAGCACGAUUUCGUAAAGGAGACGCAGUCUCAGUCGCUGGAAACGCUAACGCGUCGCUAAUUUGCAAUCUGCGAGUAAGGAUGUACCUGUACACGCGAUUCUUGACGUUAAAAUUUGUUUGCCUGUAACACGGCACUGCAUAAUCAUAUCGGGAAGCAAGAAACCACGUGAAUUCUUUUUUUUCUUUACGUUAGACAUCGAAAAUUAAAUUAAUGUCUGUACAACUUAUAUUUGAUGUUAUAAUAAAUUACAUGUAGCUUCCUCAACGUUUGAUAGAAAGAAAAAUUUUAUACGAUUUCUUGCUUCGACAUUACACGUCAGUGUGACUGCUGUGUGAGGGAUCAAGAGCGUAAAUUUAGAAUGAAAUAACAUGAUGUAUCACAACAUGUGAUGUAAAAUUACAACAUGUACGUAUAAAGGUCAGGGGCUCCGAGCUCUUCCUGCUCUCUAAAAAGAUAUAAUCGCUUUUAUAAUUUUAUCGAGUAUGAGCCUGAAUUUUUGAGAAUACCUUUAAGAAACUUGCGAUCACGAGUCAUAGAUUCGUAAUUACUUUAUUUGUAGUUUUCAUGUGUGUGAUUUUACAGAAAAAGAUCGUAUCCGUUGUAAUCGCAUUGGUUGUAGUACAGAGCGUAAGAACGCAUGCGGAUCCGAAAAUUGGUUCCUUCAAAACGAUUAAUCAUGUUGCCUCGCUCUAUUAUUCGUUCAUAACGGUUAAUUCAAUGACAGAUUUCGAAAUUUCGUGAAACCCGGUAAAAGUAUAUAUAUAGUUAGACAACUGAAAGAAAUAUACAAUGUACGCAGUUUAAUGAAGGAUGUUUUUAGACGCGCAUAACGGAAGUUUCCGAGACCGAACAGGUUCUCCAAGUUCAUAAAUAAAAUUUUUAUCAUGUUGCAAAUAAUUUAUGUAUAAUCUUCGACCCAUCCUUUUAUAUAUACAUACAUACACAUGUAUGUAUGAUGUACAUAUGCAUAUAUACAUAUGUAUAUGUAUAUAUAUAUAUGUAUGAACGAACAAUCGGAUUGCCUAAUCAAGCUGUUGAUUCUCAUCGACGUUCUGAGAUGGUAAUUCACCAUUCGUUGCCACCUGACGCGUUUAUGUAUCUAAAUUUCUUAACACACUUUGCCGCACAGAUACACAUGCUAUGUAUUUGAAAUAUAUAUAUAUGUGUGUGUAUGUAUAUAUAUAUUUCGCGCGUGCGUUUUACAGCCUACGACGGCUCCUUCUGCCUCGUUUCACAGUUCUUAAUUUAGAGCUCCGUUUACCUUGCACACAGUUUUUAAUGCGAUUUAAUCGUCUCGAUCAUCAUCGUGUAUUCGAGUUGAUCCUACCUACCGCACGGACGACCCCUCGCAUCGCGAUUAUUACUUCUUCCCUCUCUUUUUAUCCUACUUGUUACGUUCUCUCUCGUUCGCUUACAAUAUUACAUUCGCAAAUAUACUUACUUUACUUUUACGGAGGCGGUUGAUAUUACUUUGAAUUAUUCCUUAUAACGUAUCGUUUGUAACUUGAUUAUCGAUUUUAUCGUUACAAUAUCUAAAUACAGGGGCACGAUGGACACCAAUAGUUUCUGUUUUUUUUUUCAUUCGUGCGGAGCUUGCAAUCCGCAUUAUUCCCGCCGGAUGAGUUAGUUACUGUUGUCGUGUCGUAAAACGCCUCGCUUUUUUGCUGCGCUCAUUCGGCGUCUCCGGUAUCAUCACUAUCAUUGUUCACGUCGCGUUUAUCAGCGAGGAAACUGAGCAAGCUUAAUGGGAUUUUGGUAGUUCUAGCUCUAUUAUAAGUAGGUAAGUUUAAUGCGUAAAAUGGUCAGUAACUAGCUAAGCUUACCUCGUCGGCUUGAAGAAAAGGUAUAUCCACUGUAAAUCUAUACGAUCCCGACUCAUUACAAGAAUAAUGGAAUGUCUCAACGUAAAAGUCGAUGGAAUGGCUCGUCAAUGAAUCGGCGAAUGAAUAAUUAUGAACACGGAUCAACUAUCGUCUAUCCGGAUGAGAAACCACGAGAGCAGAUAUAUAUACGUAUACCUGUGCGUGGUGUGUGUGUAACGUAAGUAUGUGUAUGUACGCGGGUGGAAAAAGUCGGGGUAGUCAUUUAUUCUGUAAUCAUUUCUUUUUACCACAGCAAUCGAUAUUAGUCUACACAACGGGCGUAUGAAAACGUACAACCACAUUACAGACUAGCUAAAUAGUUACUUAUUUGCUGUGAGUAACACAACGCUAAAGAGGCUCGCCUACGAUAACAUAAUCCUCCCAUUUACUCUUUCUUUCUUUUCCUUUAUUUUUCUUCGUCGCUUCUAAUCACGGCAUUGCUCGUCGAGAUUGAUGAGAGUUUUCGUUUUCGUCGAGGAAAGAUGCGCGCACCUGACGAAACUGAGAGAGAUCGCGACACGGAAUUUCGAUGAACAAAUUCGCCUCUACUUCUCGCUCGCUUCUUACCAAGCUCCCUCGCGACACGGUCUCAUUGUAUAUGAAAGCUCACAAUCAGGCGAACAAUGUUAUUGCAUUUGACGAGGUACAGGGAGA